CAAGGACUACGCUUCUGAGCAUCAGCACUCGUACAUACCAGCCCAGCACUUCGAUGAGGAUUCGAUCGAGAGCUGGCUCGGGAAAGCGUCGCUCGUCUGCCACAUGAUGGACACCGUGUUCCAGGCACUGUUCCCCGUACUGGAGCAGCACGAGGGCAGCGAGAUAUCAAGCAAACGCACAAUUCCACUCUGCCUCGGGGCGCAGUGGGACAAGCACAAGACGAUGCUCGACAUACCCACACUGCUCUUGCUCAACCACGAGCUGCCUGCGGAGCUAAGGAGCCAGUGGACACUGCUCUUCAGCACCAGGCUACAUGGAGAAAGUUUUUCAACUCUGAUGAACCACAUCUGCAACAAAGGUCCUUCUGUGCUCAUCAUUAAAGACAAGGAUGGUUAUGUUUUUGGUGGCUUUGCAUCGAAAUCUUGGGAAAUGAAGCCACAGUUUUAUGGGAAUAGCCGAUGUUUCCUCUUCAUCCUUGCCCCACAGGUGGCCCUGUACGACACUAGUAGCUUGAAUGAGAACUACAUGUACCUCAACCUCAAUCAGCAGACGCUGCCAAAUGGAUUAGGUAUGGGUGGCCAGUUUGAAUACUUUGGCUUGUGGCUAAGCAAUGAAUUUGGAAAAGGAUAUAGCAAGGCUGGACCACUGUGUUCGACAUACAACAGUCCACAGCUCUCCAGCAAAACCGAGUUUGAAAUUGACGUCAUGGAGGUGUGGGGGACAGGCCAUGGUGUAGAAACUGAGGAGUACGGAGAGAAACCAAGCAUUCUUGAUAGUGAUCCGGAGGCAACAGCCAUUCUGCAAAUGGUGGGACGUGGGCAGCACAGUGAGGGCUUGCGAGAACAUGACAGCAAGAACGAGAGCCCAGGAGAUGUGGCUCUACCUUCCGGCAUGUAGCUGCUAAGUCAUCACAUGCACAAUACUACUAUUUUUUGGUAUUUUUCUAGCAAAUUCAUUCAUAAAAACUGAUGUUCGUAUAUGUUGUCAUUGCUUGCAUUCCAUGUUAGUUCUCCUGGCCAAAUUCUAUUACGUUUAAGGCACAAAUAGAAAAUAGCAAGAGUGGAUUCGGUCAGUUAAUUAAGAUAUAAUUUAAAGUCACAUUAGAAAAUAAAUAGACAUUAUUUCCCUCAGAGAAUGUAGGCAGAAACGUAUUCUGCACGAGUCAUUGUUAAACCAACCAUGCUUAGCUUAUAUGGUAUUGUCAGGAUUUAAAGGGAUACUAGACUCUGGGAUUUUACUGCAUACAACUGUACUUACUGUAUAACAAAUCGUCUAUACC